AAAUAAUAAACCUGUCUGUCUGUCUGUCUGUUUGUUUAUAUCAUUCUGUCUUUUGUUUGUGUAAUAUAUCAAUAGCUUCUAUAUGUAUAUUCAUUCACCUGUUGUGUGUGUGUGUGUGUGUCUGUUUUAAUGUGGGACGUAAGGGGGGUGAUGGGCGGGACUUAAGUAGAAACUCUGUCGAGUUCCGUGACGUCACCGGGUCCUAUAAUCUAUAAAUGAACUGUGGAUGUCUCUCUCGCCCGGUAUCUGCACGCACCUUGUGUGUGUAUGUGUGUGUGUGUGAGUACGCGCGGGUCCGUGCUGCGUGUCCUGACCAUGUCCCGGCUGCUGAUCCCGGUGCUGCUGUGUGGGGUGUGCGCGUGCGCGCGCGGGGUGCAGCAGCGCGACUACGGAGUGAAACUGUGCGGAAGAGAGUUCAUCCGCGCCGUCAUCUUCACCUGCGGGGGGUCGCGCUGGAGACGAGCCAUCGACCUGGAGCUCCCGGGACACGAUCCGAACCUGGUCCUCUCGUACCCAACCUCGUUAGAUGGAGAAGAUCAACUCGGCUGGAUAAACGACAACGCAGCUCCAAACAAACGAUCCUCCGUCCUCUCUCCUGCUUUCUCCUCGUCCUCCUCCUCUCUCAGUGACCUGAAACCCAGAGACGAGUCGAGAUUGUCUGAGCAAGUGCAGACGAGCUGGCUGGAUUCGCUCUUCUUCUCCAGGCCACUAGGGGGUGAGCGAAUCCGGAGUUUAGACCUCGGCUGGCUUCGUGAGGACCGGAGGAGGCGUAACUACUCUCUGGGCCUGGCGGGGCUCUGCUGCAGUCAGGGCUGCACCAAGAACGACAUCGGACGCCUAUGCUGAGGACGGAGCCGUGAGGUCCAGAACUUUAUUCACAAUCACACAUGGAACCUCUUACUGCUCCUCCACACACGUCCAAAUUGUAAAUAUUGUGUAUGAUAUUAUAAUAAAUGAUAUACAAAUAAACAAAUAAAUAAAUAUUAUUAUCAGAA